AUGAGGAAGACAACCCUCCUCUGGGCUUCCGUGUGUCUGCUGCUCAGCGGUGCCUUCCGCCCCCUGGACGCUGCUCCUGAGAGGGAGGACGAGGAGGACGCGGACGGCACAGAUGACAGCGCCCAGCCCGCUGCCUCCUCCACUCCCGGCCGUGCCAAGAGGAAUGCUGGAGUCCCGGGGCGGCCCGACUUCUGCUUCCUGGAUGCGGACAUGGGGGCCUGCGGCUUAUACUUCAAGAACUACUUCUACAACCACCGCUCUGGGCGCUGCGAGCAGUUCGUGUAUGGAGGCUGCAAGGGGAACCGAAACCACUUCAAAAGCGAGGCAGCAUGCCAGCACUUCUGUGGGGACCCAGAUGACAGCGCCCAGCCCACUGCCUCCUCCACUCCCGGCCCUGCCAAGAGGAAUGCUGUAGUCCCGGGGCGGCCCGACUACUGCUUCCUGGAUGCGGACAUGGGGCCCUGCCGCUUAUACCUCAGGAACUACUUCUACAACCACCGCUCCGGGCGCUGCGAGCAGUUCGUGUAUGGAGGCUGCCAGGGGAACCUAAACAACUUCCAAACCGAAGCAACAUGCCAGCACUUCUGUGGGGACCCGGAUGACAGCGCCCAGCCCACUGCCUCCUCCACUCCCGGCCGUGCCAAGAGGAAAGCCGCAGUCUGGGCGGAAGCCCCUGCGUGUGCGUGGCAUGGGAACGCGGGGUGCGCGGUGCUCACUGAUGCCCAGCGCGGCUUCUGGAUGAAGUCAGCCAUCGGUGGGAGUAGCUGCGGCUCCUCCGCAGGGCUCUUUGCCGAACAAGAAACACGAUUUCUUAAGAGACUUCGGGGAAAUCGGGGCCUGUACAAGGGUGUGGGUCCUUGGAAGUAG